AUGAAUAAUUUAAUAGCGGCAUUUAUUAAAGAAUGGUGGAAUGAUGGAGAAGAGGAUGACAAUAGUGGCAGGAAGAGUGGCAGAAAUUCUGUAACUGGCGGAUAUAUCGGUAGCGAACGUAUCAAUUGUGCUCUUAGGAAAAAUGCGUCUCUUCAAGCGAAUUGCCAGAGAUUAUGUAAAUCGUUGGAUCUUGAAAAGAAAUGGACCCUGCAGAUAUUGAACAGACAUCAGCAAGUCACGAGCAACAGAAUGGAGAGGAAAAUAAAUGAAGCUGAAAGGUUGAGAAACAGAUCUCAUAAGUUAAUCCGUCAAAGUGGGUGA